AUGAGCUUCAAUGUCUCGUCCGCUGAAACCGAUAGCACUCCUAGCUCGGGCACUCCGUCGACUGUCCCUACUGAGCCUCAGUCGGACGCUGAAGAUGUAGCCCAGAAGUCAGAGGAUAACGGUACUGGCCAUCGACGCCGAGCCUCGACUGUGCUUAUUUCCCAGAACUCCGCCGAUAUGCAACGAGUUCUGCAGAACGUCGGCGCUCCAGGCACGCAGAAGAUCCAGCCGUUGUGCUGUGGCGGUGGAUGCUGCCGUAGCCAGCCCCUGAUCAGAGGUGACGGCCCUGUCUCCGGCGUCGUUGUGACUCCACCUCAGAAUAAGGCCUAUGACGCUCUCGAGUUGAACGUCGAUCUCCUUACCAUGGAUAGUGAACUCACCGAUAUUGUUGACCUUCCAGCAAAGACGGUGUCUUUUGCAGCUAUCCCUGCAUCGGCUGUGGAGAUGCAACUUGGACCGAAGGAUCACCCCCCUCCCUUCGUCCAGCCUCACCCACCGUACAAUGUAUAUCGUGCUCCUCUGCACCACGCGCGAGAACUCACCAAGUCGGGUGCUGAGAAACGGACCUACCAUUUCGAUAUCGACGUGACCGACUAUCCCGCGGAAAGUGGCAACGUGGACUUCGUUGUUGGUGGCGCAAUCGGCGUGUGUCCCAUGAAUAAAGAGGAGGAAGUCGACGAUAUCUUCAACUGCCUUGGAGUUCCCAAAUCGAUCCGUGAUAAGAAGAUCAUAGUGCGCACAAGCACGGGCCGGUGGCCCACUAUCUGGGGUGAUGAGCAAGCCCGUGAAUUGAUCACCACACGCAGGGAGCUCCUGAACUGGUGCUCAGAUAUUCAGAGUUACUCACCGUCGAAGGAACUGUUCCGUCUUCUGGGUGAAUACGCAAGCGAGCCUAACGAGAAGAAGAUUCUCAUGUUCCUCGCUUCAGCUCAGGGCCAAGGCGCCUUCUGUGAUCUCCGUACCGCCUCUCAUGUCUCAGUAUCUCAACUUCUGCACGCAUUCCCCUCUUCCCAGCCGCCUUUGGACCAUCUUCUUUCCGUUCUCAACACUUUAAUGCCCCGUUUCUACUCUCUGUCUCAAGACCCCCUCCUCUCGUCCGCCCAAAAGGGUGGCCAAUCCCGCCGUCUCGUUGAAGUUGCCGUUAGUGUGGCAGAAUCCAAAGACUGGAAGGGCGGGUUGCGAACCGGUGUAGGAUCUGGGUACCUUGAGCGGCUGGCACGGCAAGUUAUGGAGGCGGAGCGUCAGGGCAUCGACCCUUCAACUCUCAACCUUCAUGUCCCCAUGUUCCGGGGCUUGAUGGCUAACCCAUUGGCUAAGCGGUUCCAUUCGGACGGCCCCAUGCUCCUAAUUGGUGCUGGUGUGGGUAUUGCUCCCUUCCGUGGUUUUGUCCAGCGCCGUUUGCAGUCAGCCAACUGUGCCAACAAGGUGUGGGUUCUGCAGGGUGUGCGUGAUUCCCUCCUGGACGAACUCUACCGCGGCGAGUGGGGCGUCGAUGAGGAAAAGGUACGAACUGUGGUUCAGAGCCGUCGUGGUGAGAGCAGAUACGUCCAAGAAGAGGUCCGUCAUCAGGCCGACCUGGUCUGGUAUGUGAUCAACGCACUGGACGGACGCGUCUUUGUCUGCGGUAGCGGCAAGGGCAUGGGCGAGGGUGUUGAGGCUGCUCUGGUUGACGUGGCUAUGGCCAAGGGUAACCUGAACGAAGAGGAGGCCAAGUUGUUCUGGGACAACAAGAAGGAAGCUGGCCAGUACAUUGCUGAAACUUGGUGA